AAAGAAAAGCCAUAAUUUGCAUCGGUCAUUUCUCGACCAUACAAAAAACUGAUCAGUAAUCAUUCAUUCAUUUUCUUCAGUAUCGUCUCUGUGCUCCAACCUGCAAUUUAUAUCCAUAUAUCGAACAUUCUCAUCGUUCAACAUUUCUCUUCCUUAACCCAUUAAAAUCAUUCAUCCGUCAAACGGAAAACUUACAAUUCCAACAAUGGAUUCAUCAAAAACAAAGCACAUUAUCCUCUUGCCAUUUCUAGCGCAAGGUCAUCUCCGUCCAUUUCUGCACUUAGCCAAUUUCCUCAGAUCCCACACUCCUUUCACCCUUUCUAUCCUUACUACUCCUCUCAAUGCCGCCAAUCUCCGCCGUCAAUCCAACAACAUUAACAUCUACGAUCUACCCUUUAACAGCACCGAUCAUAAUCUACCACCAAACACAGAAAACACUGAAAAACUCCCAUUAACUUCAAUAAUCUCUCUGUUUUAUGCAUCCACUUCGCUCCAGCCUCACGUACGCAACCACCUUACUCGCCAUCACCUUGAUAACCCACCCAUUUGUAUCAUCUUUGAUAUUUUCUUGGGCUGGGCUGAUAACUUGGCCCGAUCUAUUGGAUCUACCGGAGUUUGUUUCAACACUGGUGGGGCCUACGGUUUGGCCGCUUACAUGUCGAUUUGGAUGCAUUUGCCUCAUAGAAAUGUUCCAGACAAUGUCGAGUUUUCCCUUCCGGAAUUCCCUGAGAAUCGGAAAUUUAAACGUAACCAACUUCACAGGUUUUUAAGAUUUGCUGAUGGAACCGAUGAUUGGUCGGGUUUUUUUCAACCCCAGAUAAAGUACUCCAGGAAUUGUUCUGCGUGGUUGUGUAAUUCAAUUGAGGAAAUUGAGCCAUUAGGGUUUGAGGUUUUAAGAGCAAUGUUGAAAGUACCAGUUUGGGGAAUUGGUCCUUUAGUCAAGACUGAAAAUAGUUGUGAUGAAGAUGAUGAACAAGGUUGUGUUGAGUGGUUAAACCAAUUUGAGAAAGGAUCUGUUUUGUACAUAUCAUUUGGGUCACAGAAUACAGUUACCCCGAUCCAAAUGAUGGAAUUAGCAAAAGGAUUGGAGGAAAGUGGGGCGAAAUUUUUGUGGGUGAUUCGUCCCCCUUUCGGGUUUGAUAUCAAUGGAGAGUUCAAACCCGAAUGGCUGCCGGAGGGAUUUGAGAAGAGAGUAAUGGAAAGGAAGCAGGGGAAGCUAGUAAAGAAAUGGGGGCCUCAAAUGGAGAUAUUGAGGAAUAAGGCGACGGGGGCGUUUUUGAGUCACUGUGGGUGGAAUUCGUUGAUCGAAGCGUUAAGCGAAGGUGUUCCGAUAAUAGGGUGGCCAUUGGCUGCGGAGCAAGCGUAUAAUUCAAAGAUGUUAGUGGAAGAGAUGGGGGUUGCGGUCGAGUUAACGAGGGGAUUGGAAGGGGAGUUGAGUAGCGAAGGGGUGAAGAAGGUGGUGGAGAUGGUUAUGGAUAGGGAAGAAGGGAGUUUUGGGUGUGAGAUGAAGAAGGCGGCAGUUGUAAUUGGACAGAAAUUGAGGGAUGCAAUGAAAGUGGAAGGUGAUUAUAGAGGGUGUUCUCUUAGAUCUCUUGAUGAGUUUGUAGAGUUCAUUGUUUCUCGUAAGGCUACUUUGAGCUAGCACCAAAAUUGAAGGCUAAACAUAAUAUUAAUGUCAUUUAUUGUUAUAGGUACAUUUAACAGUAAAAAUGUGCUUAGUUUUAAGAGGGUGGUCGUGAUAGCUUUCGUAGUAUAAAAGCCGAUAUAAGGGUGCAUUAGGGUUUAUCAAACAAAAUGAAAUAAAAAAGUAUUCUUUUCUCUUUA